AUGGCAAAAAAUACUUUAAGCUCAGCAUUCCGGAAAAUAGACAUAGAUCAAUACAAUGAAGACAACUUCAAAGAAGACGAAGCAGAACAAGCCGGCCCUACUGGACCAGAUGAAGGCGAAGUGUGUUCGUUGUUAAAUCAAGGCAGACAUAUUGAUGCACUCAAGCUAGUGUUAAAUAAUGCUCCACUUGGAUCAUCUAAUCAACAGGUAAAGGAAAACGCAUUAACUCUGACUUUGAAGGUGUUGCUUGCAAUCAAAUCUGCACAAAUAGAGGAAGCAGUUGGAAGUUUGUCUUUAGAUGAUAUAGAUAAUCUUAUGAAGUAUAUCUAUAAAGGUUUUGAAUUUCCAUCAGAGGGUUCAAGUGGCCAUCUGUUGUUAUGGCAUGAUAAAGCAUACAGUGUAGGUGGUCUUGGUUGUAUAGCAAGAGUUCUUUCAGACAGAAUGAGAGUGUAAUUAUUAUAAAUACUACACGGCUCAACCAAUCAAUGAGACCUUUAUCCUAAACUUUAAGGAGUGUUGGUUUAAUUUUUUUAUCUGUUUACAGAACGAUUCAUGGUUCAGUGCGUCUAAAUUUUAUUUAUUACUUAACUGUGUAGUUAAAUGGUUAAUAAAAUUUAUAUAACAUUUAAAAUAUCACCCCUGUUCAUUGAAAUGGUAACCGAAAUCCAAAUUAGAAAGGAAUGUUAAAACGUGACUUCUAAAUACAGGGUGGGCCAGAAAAAACACUUUUGAAUUCUGUUUACUACAACAUAGAUUACAAUUCAAAGUUUAUUAUUUAAUUUUGAGAUAUAGGAUAUUUGCAAUCUAUGUAUCUAUGUCAAAGAACAUCGUCAAGAUAUCCACCAGAUGGACGAGAACGCAAAUUUUGAAUCACUCGUCUGCAAGUCCCUUCUAAAAUCGCCGCCAUACCUUGACGAAUGUUUUGUUUUAAUUCGUUGAGGGUUUUCGGGUUAUUCAAGAAUAACCUGCUCUUCAGAUAUCCCCAUAAAAAUAAAUCUGGGGGCGAUUAGUCAGGGCUCUAUUGUCAGUGCUGGCCUGUUUUUGAAAUCACUUUCCCAGCGAACAUUUCCCGUAUGACGUCCAUGUUAGAUGUGGAUAGGUAGUUCCAACUUCUGGAAUAACGUCCACGAAUUUAUACCAGCAAGUUUUUGGGAGCUCUAGCCCGAGUAAAUCCCUCAGCAUACCAACAUAUCGUUUGGAAUUAACAGUUACAGCUUCACCGCGAACAUUUUCAAAGAAAUAUGAUCCGAUCACAACUCUUGCUGAUACUAUCAUAUUUGUUUGUUCACAAAUCCAUUCAUGUCAAAAGGUGUCUCUUUUUGUGAUGUUGUGAUGAUGUGAUGUGAAUGUUUUUAUACUGAGAGAACUGGUCAAGCAUCAAAGAUGCAAACUCAAGUAUUUUAGUGAAGUCAACUUCCUUCAGUUCUUGCACCAGUUGAAUCUUAUGUGGAUUAAGUUUCAAAUCACGUGACAAGAUUCUCCUUAAGCUGUUCGGGUAAUCCCCAAAGUCGAAAAGCUAAUCUAUGUUUAAUACCAUUCGUGAAGUACGCGGGCGAACUUAACGUUUUCUCGGUAAUGUAGAACCGGUUUGUUGAAAUCUCUUUAGCCACUGCUUAAUUAAAUUGGUGCUUGCAUAUACUCCGCAAAUUUUAUUCAACUCUAAACAAACCUCGCAUGAUUACGUUGGAACAAUAAUUAUCGUAAAAAGCUUACACGACGAACGCGGGUUGUUCCCCAGUAAAGUGACUCAUGGCUACUAAAGUUAAAUAAAAUGUGCAAACGGUGGUAGGACCUCUUGGGAGUCCGCACGGGUAGGUACCACCACCCCGCCUAUUUCCGCCGUGAAGCAGUAAUGCGUUUCGGUUCGAAGGGUGGGGUAGCCGUUGUAACUAUACUGAGACCUUAGAACUUAUAUCUCAAAGUGGGUGGCGCAUUUACGUUGUAGAUGUCUAUGGGCUCCAGUUACCAAUUAACACCAGGUGGGCUGUGAGCUCCUCCACCCAUCUAAGCAAUAAAAAAAAAAACGAAGGAUACCUAUGUCUCUCCCGUGUGAAACUAAUUAAAAAUUAAGGUGAAUUUUAUUAAGGCCUACCCGGUGCUUUGGGCACUACAAUGACAUGUAGAAGGUCAUUAAACUUCGUAAUAUUUUUUAGGCUAAAUCAUUAUACCAAACGUGAAUUGAUUCAAAAUUGCGUAAUGUAAAAAUAAAUAAAUAAAUAAUAAUAAUAAUAUAGGACGACUGUAAAAUAAGGAAGUCACAAAAAUUCAAUUUUACAAUUAUAUUAAUGUGUAUAAUAAUUUAUGGUAAAUUAUUACGGUGAUAUAAUUUCUUGUCUUUUACAAUAACGUUUGUCAACAAAUUACCAAUAUACAAAAGGUAAUUUAUUGUAUCCAUGUUUUCUACAUUUCAUAUUUCAUGUCUACGUUUAAAUAAUAUCUUAUUUGUCAGUAUUACACGACUUGUAUUUUUACUAAAAAAUAACUAGCUACGUAAUGUUAUAAUUGAAACAACUUUUACUGUUUCGUCUAGACUUUAACGUGUCAUUUCAUUUCCUGGAAAUAUUUGCUAUAGAAAAUAUGACUACAAUAUUCAAAUGUCGACGAAUAACACUUUAGUCUUCCGUGACCACGAAAACUGCAAAGCAUUCGAUUAAACCGUAAAAGUAGUUUUGAUUAUAUCUAAGACUCGAAAAAAGCGAAGAAAAUACUAUAUAAUAUCUUACUUGUCCCAUUAUGAUUAAUUGAAAUGUAAAUUUUACUGUUUAAAGGAUUUAUUUGUGAAUGGCAACAUAGAAAAACACAACGGUUUUUUCAAAUUUGAAAUAUGAAAAAAAAUUGUCAGCUUCGAAGCGUGAUUCGAUUUUACACUUUAGUGUAAUUUUCAUUGAAUACACAAUAGGAAAAGUGGUUAAAUGACCGUAUAUAUUAUAAUGCUGAGAGCAUGUAAAUAUUUUUAUCUAUAUUAUUAUUUUUAUUGAUUUAAUGAAAUAUACAUAAAACUACGUAAGCAAAACUUGGGCUGUCACCCUUUAUCAGAUACGUUUAAUACCAUGUUACGAAAAGUUUAUAUUCUACUUUAUAGAUUGAGAAGCCAAGCAGAAUUCAACAUGAUUAGACUAAAAAAUAUACAAAAAACUGUCAAUCCAAUGUUAAAAAUAUAAUAAUAAAAAUGAUUACAUUCAAGCAAUGUAUUAAAAUCACUGCUGUCUGUCAAAAUUUUCUAGAUUAACUAUAUAAAUAUAAAAAUAUGAAGUCGCUAUAUGUCGCUUUCUGCUUAAGAAAUCCCUAAUCUUGUUUAAUAAACAGUAUAACAUUUAAUUUCGUAAUAAAGCAUUUUUAGUACUAGGCAUUAAAGAUUUCAACUUAAAAUAAUAAUUAUAAAGUAAUUAUGAUAAGUAUGUAUUCUAUUCCAGUUUUAAUAUUAUUAAAGCAAUUUUACUUACCGUUCAACGUGUUUCAAUAACAACUUAUGUAAUUUUUUUUAUUGUCUUCAUUUUCUUUCAUGAUUGUAAGCGUGAGUAAUAAAGUUAUACUUAUAUACGCCA